AUGGGUUCCAACUACGACGACAAGUACUUCAUUUGUUCCAACUACGACGACAAGUACUUCAUUUGUUCCAACUACGACGACAAGUACUUCCCUCGUUCCAACUACAGUAGUCUCAUCAUAUUUCUCCACUUCCGUUAUGACGCUUUCCACAUCUUAUCCGUACCCACGACAACCACCGAGACUAGUGUGAUUACUAGUAGUACUUUGGUUCCUAUUACCACGACUGAAAUUAGUGUAUCUACGAGUAUCUCGAUUUCUGAUAUCUACUCGACAUAUAGUACCACCUUGAUAGAAUCGACCACGAUCAGCACCGUCUUGACAGAGAUUCAUCUUUCCACACUAACCAUUUCUACCUCAUAUCCAUAUACUAUUUACACCACAGUUGUCAGCGAUCAUACGAGCACGUCAACCCAAUAUAUCCCAACGACGUACUCUCAGGUUAUAUCCACGACGCAAUAUAUCCCAACAACUUAUACAUCAUUGAUCACGAGGUCUGAAACAACAGUGACCAAUAGUGAAACUAGCUACACCACCACUGAUUUUGAGACUGCUACAACAACCAUGACGUCUGUCACAACGCUUACUUCGCUCGAUAUAAUCACUGUUCCUCCCGUAACGGUCACUACUAUGAUCUCAGGGACUCCCAUCACCAUCACGGAACCUGCGUCAACGAUAGUUGUUAUCCAAACGAUCACCUCAGAUAUAUAUGCAACAUCGAUAAUUACCCUUCCUGCUAGCACUGUGACCUCGGAUAUCUUCAUUACUACAUCAGUUCCUGGGCAAACUAUCACUACAUCUAUAUCAGGAUCUUUGACGACCAUUUCCCUACCUGGCAGUACAGCAACAUUGACGGUUCCAGGCCCAACAGUAACGUCCAACAUAUACGUGACUACCUCGCUUCCUGGACAAACUAUCACUACAUCUAUAUCAGGGUCUUUGACGACCAUUUCUCUGCCUGGAAGCACAGCAACGUUGACAGUUUCUGGCCCAACAAUCACAUCCAACAUUUACGUCACUACCUCACUUCCUGGUCAAACUAUCACCACUUCGAUAUCGGGAUCCUUGACAACGAUUUCAUUGCCUGGUAGCACGUCGAUUUUGACCGUUUCCGGACCCACAAUCUCGUUACCUGGAUCUUUGACAACAGUUACUCUACCUGCAACAAUUACAUCAAUUUUGACUCUCCCUGCUUCAACCUUGACACUACCUGGAUCUUUGACGACAGUUACACUGCCUGGAAGUACCUCGGUUCAAACGGUCUCCGGGCCUACGAUCACGUCGCUGAUACCAGGAUCUUUGACAACGAUAACACAGUCAGCAAUUAUCUCGACUGUUACGAUUUCUGGACAGACAAUUACAUUGUCAGGCUCCACGGUUACUCUCUCAGGGACCACAUCAGUUCAGACAAUCCCUGGUCCUACAGUCACAUCGCUGGUACCAGGAUCUCUGACAACGAUAACACAGCCAGCAAUAACAUCGAUUGUAACGAUCCCCGGAGAGACAAUUACAUUGUCAGGGUCAACAAUUACACUUCCAGGGACUACAUCAAUCCAGACAAUCGCCGGUCCUACAGUGACGAAAUCGAUAUCAGGAUCCUUAACCACUAUCACACAACCAGGAAGUACAUUGAUUGUUACCCUUCCUGGGUCGACCUUGACUCUACCAGGAACGACAAUUCCCGGCCAGACAAUCACACUACCAGGCUCGAUAGUCACCCUUCCUGCAUCCACAUCAAUUCAGACGAUCCCUGGUCCUACAAUUACAACGUCGAUAUUAGGAUCCUUGACCACUAUAAUACAACCAGGAACUACGUCGAUUGUAACCCUUCCCGGCUCUGUCUUGACUUUGCCUGGGUCGACAAUCCCUGGCCAGACCUUGACCUUACCAGGCUCAACUAUUACUCUACCAGCAUCGGUCACUACAUUGCCAGGCUCGACAAUUACCCUUCCGGGAUCAAUGACUACAAUACUAGGCUCAACGGUCACUCUACCUGGUUCGUUCACUAUACUGCCAGGACAAAUAACUACUAUUCAAGGGUCAACAUUCACAGCUCCACUACAGACAAUUACGCUCCCAGGGUCAAUCACUACAUUACCAGGCUCUACAGUCACUCUACCCGGAUCCGUCAUUACAUUAACAGGCCAAACCAUUACUGUUCAAGCAUCAACUUUCACCGCUCCAGCGCAGACGGUCACCCUGGUCGGCUCCAUUACAACACUCCCCGGGAAAAUUACCACUAUUCAAGGAUCAACACUUACAGCUCCAGUAGAGACAAUCACAUUACCUGCGUCCGCGACUACCAUAUCUGGGUCAGUCACCACACUACCAGGGCAAACUACUACCAUUCAAGGAUCAACAUUUACAGCUCCUGAUCAAACGAUCACGUUACCUGAAUCUGUGGUUACACUCCCUGGAUCCGUGACGACUCUUGCUGGUUCAUUUUCGGUAUCCACGGUAACUCAAUCACUUGCUGGACCUACAGUUACAAACACACAAGCAGGAUCAACUGUGAUAUCAACUAUACCAGGCUCUAUUAGCGUUUAUCCAACGACUAUUAGCCUUGGGGCAACCUUGAGAGGAUCUACGGCAUACAUCACUGAACCUGGAUCUACGGUAACUGUAACAGAACUGGUCACCUGCCCGUCCCCUACAAAUUCCGGCCCAGUAAUUCCUCAAGACUCUAGUUCGUCAGCAAUCUUUGGAUGUUCACCAGGAUACGUCUGCAACCCGCCCAAGCCUGAUCACUGUGCUCUUUGGACCGAUCCACCAGCCGAAGAUUAUCUUUGCGAAGCCCAAUACUGUAUCCCUGCUCCCGAGACAACUGAAGUAUACUGGCCACAAAACCAGACUGGUUAUUACCCACCAACAGCUGGAUAUUUCAAUCUGAACCCCAAUGCAUUUGGUCUCAGCUUUGGGAUUUUCAUCGAGAAGGUCAUCACCGAAUUUAUCAUUGGUAAUGAAGGUACUGAAUUAGUCAAAACAAUCACUACUGGCGAUUGGACAUCCCAAACUGGUAUCUCUCACUAUCCAGCCGCAACUCAUACCGGACUUUCUACUCUGUCACUUGCCACACCUUCUGCCCCGUCUCGCCGCAGUCUUCUUCCACGAAUCUUUGGAAAGAAAAGCAACUCCAUGCAUCUUAACCUUCUCACCAAACGCGAUGAAACUGUGGCCCCUGCAGUCUGCUACGCCACCUGCAACAAUUGCUAUAUCGAAGUACUCAAAGUCGGUAAAUCACCCGCUCUUUGCGCAUCCAAUUCCGCAUUUGAAUCAGAUUAUUCCUCAUGUCAAGCAUGUAUCGAGGCAAAUAGUGUCAAUGUGAAACAAACGUUGCAAGCAUACGUGGAGCCACAAUUUGGACAGUUCUUGGAAUUCUGUAGUGCACAGAUACCGCAGAGUGAGGUUGCUGGUAGUACGCAAGUGAUUACAAAAACGGCGACAGUUUUGCCUGUUGAGGCGAGCACUAGCACAAUCAAAUUGGAAACUACCACAAGUGCCUCGAGUGCUGUUUUGAGCUCUAGGACGAGUGCAAGCCCGAGCUCGAGCCAUAGCCAGAGCCAGAGCCAAAGCCAGAGCCCGAGUGUUAGUGUUAGUGUCACGAGCCAAAUCGCACCGGUUGGUGUUUCGACUACAUCUUCAGUCCCAAUCUCAACCGCAAGCACUUCUUCUCCUGUGAUAAUCAGUGUACCUACAGCUUCAGGUAGUGGAAGUGCUUCACCAUCAACAUCAGCCUCCAGUGUCCCCGGCAUAGGCAUUUCCAAAUCAUCCUCGAGCUCAGCAUCGUCCUUAACAUCAGCCUCAGCAUCUAGCUCUGAAUCUUCCCUUCAAUCUCGAACCUCAACUCCAACUCCAACAACGAAAUCAGCUACGAGUUCUUCAUCCACUAGUUCCGGGUCUGCGAGCCCAUCAGGCACUGGUGAACCUUCCCAGAAUGCUGGUUCAAAGUUGAAGCCUUCCAUGUUCUUUAUAUUGGUAGCGAUGGUUGUCGGGAUGAUUGGCUGGUAA